AUGUUUUUUUGUUCAACGAUCAUUUUCGGAUUAUUGAUUGUAAGGCAAUCGUGCAGUGAAGCAAUCGUACGAGUAGAAAGUGGUCGUCACAUGAUUCAUGUUGAAGAUAGGGAGCCUUUCUUAGGCAGUUAUAUUCAAUUAAUUUUUCCAAAAUUGCAUUGUAUCACUUCAUUGAUUAUUGAUAGUAUAACUCCUUUAACUGGCGCUGAGGAAAUAGAACUAAUCUACAAGAUUUGUGAAAAUGAUUCAGUAUGGUAUUUACUACAUUAUAGUAAUAGUGGUGGCAAUUUCACACUUCAUUCUCCUAUUUAUGCAACAGUUUUUGCAGUGGUAGCUCAUAAGCCUAUCAGUAUUGUUGACGUUGACACACAACCAUGCCGGCAUACCGACUUGCAAAGAACUUAUAUGACAAAAACUUAUAACAAAUGUGUGUCUUUGAACGGAAGAAAACUGCAUAAACAAAGAAAACAUCGUAAUCAACGAUUUUUGGUGCUGGAGAAACGCAGGAGAAUGAGACGAAGUAUUAAUUUCGAGAAGGUCCUUGAAUUCACCCCGAAAAAUUCACCUUAUCGUAUUUCAAAAAACAUUACUGUCCACGCUGAACAAAUUCUCAAAAUACAUGCUGGAACAGAUAUUACUUUUUCUCAAAAUACUGGCAUCAUUGCGCACGGUGUUUUGCAAAUCGCUGGUACCAAAUAUGACCCUGUUAUAUUGCAUGAAAUGAAUGGUACUUGGAAUGGCUUAUGCAUUACAUUUGCUAAUGCAGAUGUAGCGGAACAAUCACAGCUAACUUACUUAAGCGUUUCUGGAAGCAAGUUUGGGAUUCGUAUCGAAUCAUCCCUAUUACCACAGAUAGAAAACAUUAUUAGUAAUAAUAAUGAUAACGGACUUACAAUCUUGGCCUACAAUGAAAAUAAUAAUUUUGGUGAUAAAAUAUUCAAUUAUACAUUGAAAAAAAUCACGGCUAUAAAUAAUCGUGAAAACGGUGUAUCAGUAAAAAUUACGAAACAAGAAUCGGGUUAUUUUGUCCUAGAAGAGAUAGUCUCAGAGUCAAAUCAAAUAAAUGGUCUUUUGCUAGAAGGAACCCUUCAUGUCACUGUUAUAUCAAGUCAAUUUUUUUCUAACAACGAAAAUGGCAUCUCAACAUACUUAGCAAAUGGGUCAACAUUAGAAGUGUAUGAUUCUUUUUUUGGCUCUAAUGGUCAGCAUGGUUUACAAAUACAGAACGGACAACAAGUUCAAGUUAAAUGCUUUUCCACCACUUUCAAGGCUCACAAUUCUGGGGAAGCUAUUUUGGUUAAAAAUAUUAGUGGUGCUAAUUUCCUAUUAGGCGAUUGCCAUUGGCGGAGUAAUAAUGGUGGGAUUGUUUUUCGAGAUGUUACUGAUAGCAAUUUGCAUUUGUUGAAUGGAAAUUGGAUGUGGAAUCGAGGAGCAUCCAUAAUUGCUGAUAAAAUCAAAGGAAAAACGAAUAUUUUGAUUGAAAAUAACAAAUUUCGACAAAAUGUGUUCCACUCUAAUACUACACUUAAUUCGGUUAUCGAAUUAGGAAUGAAUGAAAAUGACAAAGAUGCUCGCAUUCAAAUAAAUGAUAAUCGGUUUUUACGGAACGCUAUGGAAAUCAUUUUAUUAAUCGGUCGAACUGAACCAAGAAACACGCCAACAAAUGCUGAAAUUAUUAUUGCAAAAAAUUCAUUUCUGGAAAAUUUGGCUUUGAAUGCAGUAUAUCUGGCGGCAAAUUAUGUCAACAUUUCCUAUAAUACUUUUCAUAAUUCUGAGGCUCGUUGUGAACUACAUUCUGGACUAAAACUAUCAAUAGGGACAUCCAUCAAUGCCAUCAAUAAUUACUGGGGCACAGCUAAUCAAGGAGAAGUGAUGAGUCGAAUUUGCGAUAACAAAAGAGACAAAUCAUUAAUCCCUGUGAUUGCGACGCCAUUCCUGAGUGUUGAAUUUGAAAAAUUACCGACGAUUGGCAUUGAGCGAUCAGGAAAUCCUUCUUCUUUGAAAGCAUUUGCUACAUCGCUGAUAAUAGGAAAAGAUGAAGUUGCAGUUUUUCAUAAAGGAUCUGCGUUACAUUUUAAACCGAAUCAUGGAAUCAUCGUUUUUGGUGUUCUACACUUGCUAGGCCAACAAGACCAUCCAAUUUUAUUGAAAAGUUCUGGUCAUGCACCAUGGCUUGGAAUUAUUCUCAAUCAGGGUGGCAUUAUCCAUGCAAGCUAUUGCAUUUUGGAAAAUGUAAAAGUUGGGUUGAACGUUAGUUCGUCAAAUAUAUCAAUUCAAAAUAUGCGAAUCAUACGACCGAUCUUUACUGGUAUUUUGAUUACAACUACAUACAAUGGUACUUUUGAUAUGGGUGAUUCAGUCAUCCUGCAAUCACGCGCAAAUGGUAUUUUGAUCCUAAAACGUCAGAUAAAUGAUACUCUUGCUAUCAGAAAUGUUCAAAUAAUAGAUUGUGCAGAAGCGGGAAUAGAUUUUGUGGAUCCGGCUGGCAAAAUAAUAUUGCAAAAUAUUGUGUUGGAAAAUAGUGGUUCAUUCGGGAUUAUUAUUGUUCAGAGGGAACAGAGUGGACUGGAUUCGAUUGUUCUCAACAAUCUAACAGUCCAAAAACAGGAACGGGGCAGUGGCGGUAUUUUACUCAAUAUGAAAUCCUAUUAUUCGCUUUGUCUAAAUACUUCAAAUUUUGCUUCGAAUAUGCUUCCAUCUGUUAUUAUAGUUUCAAAGUGUCCAUCAAGUGGAAAAAAGCGGAGGGUACCAACGAUGUUUAUUGAAAAAAAUCAUUUCUCGAAGAAUGACAAUUUAGCAAUGCGUAUAACGUUGGAAGGUUGUGAGAAUACGAAAAUACGUCGAAAUACUUUCAUUAGAAACAAUGGAAAUGGACGAAAAGGAACGCUAGCCAUUUACGUAUCGCCAGUGGUACAAUUUCGGAAUAUACAACCUGGCCCAGCAGUCAAUAUUUCGCAGAAUAUAUUUGUGGAAAACAAAGGUGAAUGGUCAUUGCUUGCUUCGGCAACAAAUAUGAACCGAUUCAAUGGUACCAUCCAGAACAAUCGUUUCAGCGGGAAUCAAAAUUCUCGUGACUCGCUAAUCGUUACCACUUCUCACUUUCACGUGAGUGGUAACGAAUUCGAGAACAUGGUCAGCAAACAUGCAAACAAAGAAAUAAUAAAUACUGAUUGGAACUACUGGAAAGAUGUUGAUAUGUUUACAGCCAAAGAAGACGUUUUGGAGCUGAAAAAUCAAACACAAAUCAAUUCAAUUGGCCGAAAACGAGCUGCUCAAGAUUGCUUGUCUGUUUCAAAUUGCUCUCAUAAUGGACAAUGUAUCGGUCUAAAUGUUUGCCGCUGUAAUGUUGGUUAUACAGGGCCUGAUUGUGCGCAAAUAUCGUGUUCAGCCUUAAAAAACUGCUCAAGGAAUGGUUAUUGUAUAGCACCAAAUGUUUGCCAGUGCUUCGAUGGCUUUCAGCGUCAAGAUUGUUCGGAGCCCACCUGUCAUUUGGUGAAUAAUUGUACUGGGCAUGGUACCUGUGUAUCACUCAAUGAAUGUGAUUGUGAACCAAUGUUUGAGGGUGUUGACUGCAGCAAACAAAUUUGGAACUGUUCAAGCAUAAAUUGCAACAAUCAUGGCUUAUGCAUCGACAAUGCAUGCGUUUGUGAAAGCGGUUGGACGGGACCGUUUUGCUCAACUGCACUAUGUGACCAGUUAAAUAACUGCUCCGGUUCCGGCACGUGUGUUCGGCCUCAGAUGUGCGAGUGUUUUCAUGGAUUUACUGGAGAUGAUUGCUCGAUUUGUGAGGGUCCAAUUUGCGAUCUCUGUGAUGCCAGAUGUAUUCACGGACGUUGCAACUUGAAUACGAGAACUUGUAUAUGUCGUAGUGGAUGGGCUGGUCCAAACUGUGACAUUUGUACUACUGAUAAAUGUGACGUUAUGCCAACUGUAUUGUAUGUUUUACCAACAGCCGCUGGAAUUCAUCAGAAGGGAGAAAAUAUUUUAGUUUAUGGCAAUGAUUUACCUUUUGUACCAUCAAGGCGUUACACGUGCUUAUAUGGUAGCACAGCAUCCGAUGGUUUUUAUGUCUCGUCAUCGUUAGUACGCUGCACAAUUCCAGAUCUAGCUUUACCAGGCCGCUAUCUGUUCAAUAUCAUUCCAUAUGGAUCCGACAAAGUGGUCCCUUUUCUUGACAAGCGCCUGAUCCACUUCACUUUAUACAAUGAAUGCAAUCAAGCAGAGUGCAAAGGUUACUGUAUAGGAGCAAUUUGUGUAUGUCCGACAGGUCGCGAUGGCACAUUUUGUGAGCAGACCAAAGUUCUACCAAAGUUGGAUCGUGAGAUUUUGAGUAAUGAAAAAUUAAUACAAGCUGUAGAAGGUGAACCUUACACUGUCAAAAUGCCUAUUCAGCAAGAAAAUACGAUAUUCAACGUUGAAACAGAUGCGAAAGGAAUGAUAAUUUAUCCAAAUGGCAUGGUAUUUUGGGCACGGCCAAUCGGACGUGUCCAACCAUAUACUAUAAAUGUUACCACUGCUUCACUUACCGGUGGAAGUGCAAUUAGUUGGAAUUUAACUGUUAAACCGACAUAUUUCCCAGUGAUUACUAAAGUAGAAAGUUCUAACGAUUCAAAUAUGAAAGUGAUUAAGGGGAUUGUUAAUUAUAAUGAAAAACUUAUCGGUGAGGUUCCGGUAGAAAUGCUGGUUUACCAGAAUGGCGAUAUGGUAGGAAAUGCUUUAACAACAAGCAGGGCCGAUGGUCACUUUAACUUUGAUUACUAUCCAUUCGAUGAAACAAUUUCGACAUCUGUGGUUGUAGUGCAUCCUGGCGCAGCAAGACCUACUAUCACUACAUCAUCCAAUAAUGUAACGUGGCCUGCAUAUAAAUUUGAUAUUAAGUAUGCUCCUAAAAUAAAAAUGAAACCGGGCGCACAGAUUGAUGAAGAGUAUCAGAUAAAAAAUAAAGGUGGAGAAGCACUUCUAAACUGUCACUUCGAAUUAAUCGUACCGCGUGAUAAAAUACAAAUUACGAAAUACGAAAAGGUAACAAAAGGUAUAACAGUUGGCGAAUCAAAGUCAAUCAGAGUUACAUUUGUUGCUGGUAAUACUCUCGAUAACACUACUCUUAUCCUUCAAUUCAAGUGUAUUAAUACUCCCAAGAAACUUGUCAGGCAACAAAUAGAAGUUGACCGAAAAAGAUCGAUAUUUGUAUCAUAUCCACCGGAGAUACUUAUUUCCAUCCCAACACGAAUGUCGCCCAAGAUUAUUACGGUUAAUAUCAUAAAUAAAGAAGGCUAUCGAUUUGUUGCUGCACCACGAAUUUCCAUUCGACCUGAUCAAAGUCCUCUAUUUUUGGUAUCUACCAAACCACCGUUGCAAAAUAUCACAGAAUUCAAUAAUCCAGAAUCAAUACUUGUACUCUUCCUCAGCUAUCGACCGCUACCAAGUGGAGUUCUAAAUUGGACAACAGCUGGUGACCUGAUUUUAUUGGACGGAAAUAAGCAACUAUUUACGAUAGAAUAUCGUAACUAUGCUACUUCGGACUUAUUCGAUUUUCAAAUAACAGUAAUGGAUGAAAUGAGCGCGUUAGAUCCGACUCACAUUGUUAAUGAUGCGGAGAUAAUACUCCGGAAUGAUAUACUUGGCUAUGAUGAUAAGAGGCAGACAAAACCUGGUGAACCUGCUGUAUUUUUCUCGAUUAUUGAAGGAACAUAUCAGCUUACGGUUAAAUCUCCAUCUCAUGUAUCAGUCACCUUGAUAGUUCAGCCAUCAUUUAUUAAUUCCUCAUUAGCAGUAUUUGUUCCAAUUAUUUCACCUUAUUAUCCAGUUGUUGAAGAUGGAAAAUUAUUGGUGGAAGAACUUGAUGAACAACAAAAGGUGCCGUUUCCUAAACUUCAUUUCGUACCAUCUGCAAUACUGCCACCUAUAAAUGGUACAAAAGAAGUGAAAUUGUUGAUAAGAAGUGAUUUGGAUGGUCCAAUUGAUAAUAUCGCUGUUUUGCCUUCUGUUGAAAUUCAUGAAGAAUAUGUUCCUUUUACUUUUGCAACGGAUGAUCUCAGGAAUGGAUUAGGACGGGGUGACGGUUACUAUAUAAAGUGCAGACUAUCACGUGUGUUAAAUCAGGCAAGGGAAACAGCUCCAUGUACUGUUUUUGCUUUACAAAUUCCAUAUAUUUAUAUGGUAUCAGCUUCGAUAUCAAAUUAUGCACGGAAUGUCAUGAUAUUGGCUGAUAACAGGCAUAAGCAAGAUGAUAAAGUUCAUCUCUGCGAAGUUGGUCUUCAAAGUGCAAUCAAAGAAGUGUCUGUUUGGACUAAAAGUACUAUUUACUGCAAUUGCGCAAUAAAGAUCAAGAAGCACUGUCAUAAACAAUACAUUUCUGCAUCAACUUGCGGUAGUGCCUGGAAAUAUAUUCCGAAUGAUACAGUAUCGCUGCAAACGACAGCAAUGUUCAUUGUACUGAUUGCGGAGUGUCAUACGGCUGGGGUCGAUUUUCAUAAAAUCAGACAAUUUCUUGCAUGUGUUUCUUUACUCGACAAUCAUUGUCUGAUAUCACAGCAGCGAUCUUUCACUAAAAAUAAAUCUUUACGGGAAAGUGAACAACGAACGCAGUUCUUUGACCAGCCUGCCGUAGCCAACAAACAGACAGAUGAGAUAUUGCAGAAAUAUUUCCCGAUGCUGAAAAUAUUAGCAUCACAGACUGUAGAUGUAAUUGCCUUGUACAAGGACUUUUUUGAACGGCUUAAUGUCUUACUACCAUUUAAGUUUUUCGAAGAAAUUAAUAAUAUACAGUGGUUCGAUAACUUUUUUGAGAGCAUAUCCGAUUUAUCGGAAGGUGGGCUAGCAAUUACUGGAACCGAAUUCAAAAAAUUAAAAGACGAGAAAGGAGGCUCAAUUUUGGCCCUCCGUUGGAACUCUACAGUUACCGAAUGGACUAUAACACCGGGUACUUCUUUGAAAGCAAAUUUUUUGGGAAUGAAAUUUGCAGACACUCGAGAACUGAUUAUUAGCUCGGAUCGAUUGAAAACACUCGCAAGACAGUACGGUGCUGCUAAUCCAUUCACUUUGCUUCACGAUUACAUGGGAAAGUUGCUUUCAUGGCAUUCGGAGAAUAUGUCUGAUUCACAGCAAACUUUGACGCCUGGAAAUAGUUAUGACGACAUUUGCGCCUGUGCUUACAGUUUGAUAACGCCCGAAAAACCAUAUGAAAAUAGUGAAUUUCAUAUUAGAUUAAAAGUGGCUAACAAAAAGAACGAACCGCUAGAAUCUAUCAAAGUAACAUUAGAAAUGAUUCAAAGUGAUACUGACACAGUAUCAAGUGAUGAUACAACGCCCAUACAAUUUCGGAUUAGACUAGUUAUGUUAGAUGGAAUUGGUAGUAUUGAUCGUGCUUCGAAACUGCCACCAAAUACAUCAUUUGUCGCAAACUGGAACUUGAAGCCGGUCAAAAAUGUGCGGCUGAUUCGUGAAGUUGAAUAUCAGGCAAUUUUGAUUUUAAAAUUUACUCAAAAUGGUCGCAGAAGCGUGCAACGAAUAGCAACACAGACUGUUGUACUUCAACCUCGACCAUCGCUGAAAAUCUAUUACUUCAUCUCAAACUCAGCACUUUCGGAAAAUACGAAAAAAUCAAAUGUUUCUCUGCCCACAUUUAACAUAAUGAUAGCUUUUAUGAACACGGGUUAUUCGAAUCUCAAGAACAUCAAAGUGGAAGAAAUCCGAAUAUCGGUAUUGUCGGAAGAUAAUGUGGAAAAUUUUAUACCUUAUCAAAUUAGUGGCGUUAUCAGUGGUAAUGGCAUUGAAGACAGAAUUCUUUCCGACUUGCAUUUCAUAAUUCCAAAUAUUGAGUCCGGGAAAACUGUUAAUGCUAUGUACAAUAUUUCGACUAAUUUCGAACAGAAAAGAGUAAUUCGUGACUUCAAAAUGACGACUUCGAUGAAUGGAGAACUUAUUGAGCUUGAAGAUACUCAAACAUUUACUAUCCAACAGUUUAUUUCAUCAACUAAAUUUCUGGUUUCACCUCAUACAAAUCCAGCUUUAUUGUUUUAUUACGAUGUGCAAAAGGCGGUAAUGCGUACCACUGCGCCUUUAAUCUUUGUUAGAGUGGAAGAAAAAAGUGGUAACAGUGAUGGGAAGCCGUUUCGGCAACAGAUUGCAUCAUUUCGACUCAGUGAAUCACAGCAACAACUUACAUCAUUCUACGGACGAAUUCCAUAUCCAACUGAUUUAGAACACGAUUUCGAAGUAUUGCGACUAAAUCAAAUUGGUAAAAAUGGUGCGCUAAGGCUAGUCGACCCGCGACACGUUUGGACUUCAAAUACUGAUUCGGAAUUUGUCCAUUUUAUUGAUGAUAAUCCAUCAGCAACAUCUGAAUCCAUCGAGUACGAAAUUAUUUAUGGUAAUGCGGAGCUAUUUCUUCGUCCGCGUUUCGAAUUUCCUAUUUACAAUGUUCCACUUGUAACUGAAAAUUGGCCACAUGUUGGCGACGAGAUCGCCCGCAUUCAGGCUAUUUCUCCAAGUCACUCAUCUAUUCGUUACGAACUUUAUUCAAAUUCCGGUGAAAUGAAUGAUUAUUUCAGCAUAAACCCAAAAACUGGUGUUAUAAACUUAAUGAAAGAAAUUCUACCUGCAGAAAUAGAAAAUAGUUAUUGUACCACUGUUCGUGCAACUGAUGAUCAUGGGCGUUCUGAGACAACCGCAUUGACCAUUGGAUUAGAUGGUUUUGUCAGAGAAUGUCAUAAAAUCGACAACUUUAAUGGGCUUCAACCCCUCACAUACAUUCCUACUCAAUCUCAUCCCUCAAAACCUCAAAACCUCGUCACAGCAAUCAGUGUAACUAAGAAUGAUACUUCAGAAAUACCAAAAUCACAUGUUACAGCUCCUUCACUUUCAUCAACUUUAUCUUCAAAAACAGCGAAAAUCGAUCAAGAAGCAAAUGGUAGAUAUCGAGUAAUGUCUUUAGUAACAAGGAGACACGGAUAUACGAAAUUGAUAGCCACACAAUCAGUUUCUGACCUUAAUCACAAAUCUACCUUAACUUUAAAUUUGAACAGUCAUUUGCAACUCUCCUCAACUGCUGCUUCUGUCUCCAGAACAAACUCCGAACCAUAUUCAAGCGUUUUUCUUGGUACAACAACUACCAGUGGUGUUACUACAGAACGAGAUCUAAAUAAUGCUUUUUUCUCUACUGGAUUUGGCACUAAUGAAAUGGUAUUUACAACUGAUGGCACCAUCAAUAAUGUUAGCUUCUCCACAGGUGUAACACGGAGUGAUGGUUCGCAUAACUAUCAGUCUCAGAUGGCGUCGUCCUACAAAAGCACUUAUGCUACUACUACUCUACGAAUUACAGAACCCUCGGGACAAGAUAAUAACGAAGAAGAAAAGCCGGAUAUUUUAUAUUCUACAACUGAAAUUCCAUCUUCUGGUGAAAUAUUUGUGGAUUACGAGGACAAAGAAAAUAUCUCAGAGAUGGCUUGUCGCCUGAAAGAUAUACAACCUAUUUGGAGUCUUAUUUGUGAUCUGAGCAAAACAUCAAGUAGGAAGAGUGUUAAAAACAAAAAAUUAGAGUGA